AUGGCAGUCGGUACAGAUUCCUUCCUUCACCUCGCGCGGCCACUCGCACCCGCCUCCAUCGGUGUCCAGCCCACCACCGCACCUUUAAAUGUCAUAAUUCAACCCCAAGCCGUGUUCUCAAUCCUCGAUCAUGCCAUCCGUCGCGAUACCAGCAUCACCCAAACCCCACGCGUAAUCGGUGCGCUCCUCGGAAUCCGCUCUGAAGAUGGCAUGGAGUGCGAAGUGCGCAACUGUUUCGCCAUUCCUCACACCGAGACCGAAGACCAGGUUGAAGUCGACGUCGAGUAUCAAAAGAACAUGCUCGCCCUACAAUUGAAGGCCAAUCCUCGCGAAGUUCUCUUGGGAUGGUACACGACUUCCCUUGAACUCAACAGCUUCAGCGCCUUGAUUCAAAACUUCUUCGCUAGCCCCGAAACUGGAACUUUCCCACAUCCCGCUGUUCAUUUGACUGUCAGUACUGAGGCUGGAAAGGAGAUUGAGGCAAAAGCAUAUAUCAGUGCACCAGUUGGUGUAAACGCUGAGAGGGCGGCUGAGAGCUGUCUUUUCAUUCCAGUACCAUAUGAGAUUAGAUAUAACGAAUCCGAGAAGAGUGGUUUGGAGUUGAUCUCUGGUGCUAAGGACAGUGAGAGUCGUGCCGCACCAGUGGUUUCUGAUAUCGAAGGCUUGGAGCGAGCUGUUGACCAGACUCUUGAUCUUUUGGAGAGAGUAUCCGAAUACGUCAGUUCAGUCUUGGACGAGGAGAGGGAGCCAUCGAAUGCGCUUGGUCAAUUCCUGAUGAACGCUUUGUCAUUGGCACCAAAGGUUGAUGCACAAGACGUUGAGCGUGACUUCAACAACCACAUCCAAGAUGUAUUGGUCGUCUCUUACCUUGCCAACACUAUCCGCACUCAAAUCGACCUUUCCCAAAGAUUAGCCACAGCAACUCUUACCAUGGGAGGUCCAGACGUCCUUGCAUCAUCCGGCGGUGGAGAAGGUGGAGACAAGGGAGACCGUGGACAGAGAGGUGGCAAGCGUGGCGGAAGAGGAGGUGGCAGAGGAGGCGGACAAUCACGAGAGCCAAGGGAGCCAAGGGAGCCAAGGGAAUCCGCCGAGUAG